AUGAAUUUUAUAUGGAUGAUAAUAAUAGUUUUUCUGUUAAAAUUGGUAAUCAUUUCCGGUGAUGAACAAGGACAUCCUCACGUGACAACAAAACAGGGAAUAUUAAAAGGAAAAUUAAUGAAAUCAAGAACGGGUAAAAAUUUUUAUGGUUUUUUUAAAGUGCCAUACGCUAAACCGCCAUUGGGUGAUUUAAGGUUUAAGGCACCCGUCGAACCUGAUUCUUGGGAGGGAAUACGAGAUUCUACAAAUGAUGAUGGUGUGACGUGCACUCAAAGGCACAUAUUCGUACCUAAACAUUUUUACAUAUACGGUGAUGAAGAUUGUUUGUACAUGAAUAUAUUUACUCGAAAGGUGAAUGAAACGGAAAAUGAUGAUUUACUUCCGGUUAUGGUUUUCAUACACGGUGGAGGAUGGGUUUGCGGAUCCGGAAAUAGUUUAUUUUAUUCUCCCCAUUUUUUAAUGGAUAAAGAAAUUGUUUACGUUUCGUUUAAUUAUCGUUUGGGUGCCAUAGGAUUUUUAAGCAUGGAAGAUGAAGAAUUACCCGGUAAUUACGGAUUAAAAGAUCAGGCACAGGCAUUAAAAUGGAUAAAAGAAAAUAUAGAAAAAUUUGGGGGGAAUCCCAAUUUGAUAACAUUAUUCGGUGAAAGUGCCGGGGGUGCAAGCGUUCACUUUCACAUGAUGUCGCCAUUGACAAAAGGAUUAUUUCACAGAGGGAUUUCACAAUCAGGUACGGCAUUUUGUUCAUGGGCAUUGGGACAACCGGGAUCCGUGAGAAACAACACGAUUAAAUUAGCCAAAUCUUUAAUGUGUCCCAUCGGGAACACGAAAGAAAUCGUCGAGUGUUUACGGGAAAAACCGGUGAGAGACGUCAUAGGUACGGAUUUGAUAUUCAUGGAAUGGUUUACGGAACCCAUGAUACCUUUUAAACCCGUUGUUGAAAAAUACGGUGAGGAAAGUGAAAAAUUUCUACCCGAUCAUCCGGAAAUGAUGAUAAAAAGUGGAAAAAUGUCAAACAUUCCGUGGAUAACGGGUGUCAAUAGUGGGGAAGGUGCCAUUAGAGUUGCCGCCGCGUACAGCGAUACCAAUUUAUUAAAAGAAUUAAAAGAAAAAUUUGACGAUAUAAUACCGUCGAGUUUAUUUUAUAAAAAUUUAUAUCCGGACGUGAAUAAAAUAACGGAAAAAAUUAAAAAAUUUUAUUUUUCCGGUAAAGAAAUCGGUUUGAACACCAUAAAAGAAUUGACAGACUUAUGGACCGACGGUUGGUUUUUACACGGUGCAAAUCACGCAUUAAAACUCAUUAACGAAACCGUCGACUCACAAAUUUAUUAUUAUUAUUUCUCAUACAAGGGUACGAAUAGUUUUGCUUCUGCUUUUGGCGACGAAACGCAAGAUUAUGGUGCCGUACACGCCGACGAAUUAUUAUACCUAUUCCCGAUUGAUUUUCUACGAAAGGGAAAAGCUCUGGAUGAAACAGAUGAAAAAUAUAUAAAUAUUAUAUUAGAUAUUUGGUCAAAUUUUGCUAAGCACGGGGUACCGAAAUCGGAUUUGAUAAGCGAAGAAUGGAAACCUUAUAGAAACGAUGAUCCCGUUUAUCUUAACAUAGAUAAAAACGAAGUGAAAAUGAGGAAAAAUUUAUUACCGGAAAGAUCGACAUUUUGGAAUUCACUAAAUUCCAUAAAGAAAAAUCUUUACGGAAAAGAUGAACUUUAG